CUAGAUGGGUUUCAUGGUAUUCCCAUGUCAUGCAACGGGCACGGGAGAGGAGUAGCUAUACCGUGGGAUAGUUUGGACUGUUUACCUGUUUGGAAAGCCGCACUUUGAGAAAAACAGCCUCACGCUUUAAAAUGGAUCUCUACGCAACACACUACGCAACAGUAAAUGGAUCAAUUGAGGCUGUACGCUAGAAGCCGACCCCCCUGUUUUCCUUUGCGGGGUUUAUAAGUUUACACACUCGAACUGAACUUGUUUUUGUCCUUCAGCAGUCGCAAAUGCCAAAGCGCACGGUGUCGCGUCAAAGUCAGAUUCACAAUGGAGAGGAAUAGGAUGCGCUAGCCUUGACUAAAUGGUUGCGGAGGAAUUUAACGCCUUUUUCACUCUUCUCACAAUCUGUAACGUUACGGAAGCUCUCGCGGACAGUUGCGACGAAGAGGUCAUGGUUAAAGCGUCACCUGCGUAACAAUGUUUUGGAGAGAGUGAAAAUUUUUUUUUUUUACACUGGAACUAUAACUUGAAAGGACUGACUCACACCCAAUAUCAUACGCACAAAUUCCGAUUUUGUUUUGUGAGCUUCAGAUAAACUUUGACUUAUAAUUGUAGCCAUCCCGUUUGCUGCUAUGGGAGCAUGGGACCAUCAUAACGAUCUCCGAUCAAAACUACUACGACUGCUCACGAGACAGCGUUAGUGGAAGCCUGAGUAUGAGAUUUAGGGUGUCUAAGUAAUUGAGUGUGUGUGGACCCCGCUCUUGAUUUCAUGUGAGGGAGACAGUUGAACUGGAUCCCUCUAUAACAUCAUCUUUUCUGGAACAGUUUAACAGUAACCUAGGAAUUUCGGGAAUUUAAUAAUAAUUUCGGGAAUGCAACGACAGCGUCGAACCUGCGCGAGCCUUGGACCGGCUUUAGGAGAGCUGUCACGGCUGAGGUAACUGCAGCACGCGGGGGAGGACUGACUCUCUCACAUUCGCCGUUUUUUUUUUAGGAUAAAUAAAUUGCGCAGUUCUUCGGCGAGUACCGAAGAGCCGCCGUUGGGAUACAGAUCAGCUGAGACGCUGUCUUCUAAAGCCUGGCUGACUGAACCGAUCCAACUAUGUCCGCCAAAGACAACCCAUGCCGGAAAUUCCAGGCCAACAUCUUCAACAAGAGUAAAUGUCAGAACUGUUUCAAACCCCGCGAGUCGCAUCUGCUGAACGAUGAAGAUUGUAGUCAGGCAAAGCCCAUCUAUGGCGGCUGGCUGCUGCUGGCACCUGAAGGGACCAACUUUGACAACCCUCUACACCGAUCACGGAAAUGGCAGCGAAGGUUCUUUGUGCUUUAUGAACAUGGACUCCUACGGUACGCUCUGGACGAGAUGCCGACCACCCUUGCUCAGGGGACGAUCAAUAUGAAUGUGUGUGUGGAUGUGGUGGAUGGGGAGGCAGUGACAGGACAGAAGAAUGCUCUGUGUAUCAGCACACCAGACAGAGAACACUACAUCCGCUCUGAGAGCAAAGACGUCAUCUCUGGGUGGCAGGAAGCAUUAAUUGUGUAUCCCCGCACCAACAAACAGAACCAGAAGAAGAAGAGGAAAGUGGAGCCACACACUGCACAGCAGGUUCCAGAUCUUCUGGCUCCUUCAGUGUCUCUGGGGAACAUGAAUGGGUUGUCUGAACCUGGACCAGCCAAGGUGGCCGUGACGAGUAGCACUGGCAGUAUUCCUUGUUUGCCCAGUAGCAUUGCUCAGGCAGAGAGGGUUCCGCCCACACGAGCCUCACUGUGGCAGGAGGACAGAGGACACCGCACCCCCCUCCCAACCAGUCACAGUACCAGCUGUCUCAGCCAACACACCCAGUCAGAGGACUCUGGUUCUCUGACUAGUGGAGGUCGUAAGGUCAGGGUGGAGAGUGGUUACUUCUCCCUGGAAAAAAACAAACCAAAACAGCAACUACAGGAGCCGCAGCAACAACAGCCCCUCUCACUCCCCACCUCCUCCUCCUCCUCCUCCUCCUCCUCUUGCCCCUCGCACCCAAGGUACACCUCCUCUGAUUCUGACCUCCUCUCCUCCCCAAGCUACCCUUCGUUCAACACACAAACCUUAUCGGACACACACGCCUGCCCAGACACACAGACAAACACAGCGUACCGCGCACACACUCUCUGCUCCCCCCUCACCUCCUCCCAGAGUUCACUGGAGUCUGAGCCAAGCCUGGAGGGGUGGGGCACAGUGAGUCAUGCAGGCGGGGCCCAGGGGCGAGGUGGGCGUGGCUACGUGGAGCUUGCUGAUGUGCCACGGGCGCGAAGGUUGAGUCAUCGUGAGGCGUUCCGAUCGGAGCGUAAACACCAGGAGCUUCGCGCACGAACACGCAGUCCUGGGAGAGAGGAGAUCGCUCGACUAUUCGGAGAGGAACGCAGGCGUUCUCAAGUCAUUGAGCGGUUUGAGUCACUGGACACCAGUGCCACGGAGCACAUGGACACAGAACCCUCCUCAGCCCCGCCUACCGCCAGCUCAACCAAUCAGAGACAAGGGCGGGCCGAGAGGCGCCAGCCUGCCCAGAAACAGGAGUUGUCUCUGGACGCAGGCCUGGAGCGUAAGGUCACAGACGCGUUCAGUUUCCGCAGGGCUAAGAGUCUGGACCGCAGGGCGACUGAAUCCUCCAUGACGAUUUCUCCCUCUCUCCUGUCGCAGCCUGACCUGCUGAAUUUUAAGAAAGGCUGGAUGACCAAGCUCUAUGAGGAUGCAGUGUGGAAGAAACACUGGUUUGUGCUGACGGACCAGAGCCUGAAAUAUUACAGGGAUUCUGUCGCUGAGGAGGCGGCCGACAUGGACGGGGAGAUUGAUUUGUCUUCCUGUUAUGACGUCACUGAAUUUCCUGUGCAGAGGAACUACGGCUUCCAGAUUCAUAGUAAGGGAGGGGCCAUAACCCUGUCAGCGAUGACCUCUGGGAUACGGCGCAGCUGGAUGCAGGCCAUCAUGAAGAAUGCACGUCCAGCCGUGGCACCUGACGUUACACGCACUCUCCCAGAAGAUCGUACUGGAGCGAGAGCUGGGUUAGAGCCUGAACCCAGUCAAACCUCAUCCCGCAGUUCAGGGUCGAGUGAUGUCAUCAGCCACGAGGAGCCUCUCCCCGAGCAGCGGAAAAGCCGCGUGCGGGAUCGCCGGCGAGAGGGGCGGUCCAAAACCUUCGACUGGACGGAGUCUCAGCCCGAGCAGGAAAAGCGGAGACAUGAGCGUGGCUCUCGAGAACGGGCAGGGACGUUAGACAUCAUCCUCACCUCCACCUCCUUCUCUUCCCCUUCAUCCUCUUCUUCUGCCACGUCUUCUCCUGGUUCAACGAUUUCCUCUCCUCAGACCUCCUCGUCUGUUUCCAUCGCUCACGCCACUGACAGGAAGUCCGCACAGCCAAAAGAGGAAGCGGAGCAGGAGCACGUACGGCGGCAUCGUUUCCGGCAGACCACGCCUCCGCCCAACACGCCGGCUGUUUCCACGGCAACAAGAAAUGAGCCAAAAGUCCCGAGGGAGGAGGUUCAGGGGCAGAUGGAAGUGGACCAACCUGACGGUGUUCAGAGAGGGGUUGUGAGUGCUCCUGACAUACAAGUGGAGAUUGAGCAGAGGUGGCAUCAGGUGGAAACCACGCCUCUUAGAGAGGAGAAGCAAGUGCCAAUCACUGUCAGCUCCGCCUCCCUUCAAUCUGACCUCACAGGAAGCAGCAGUCUUCCCCCACAAGAGCUUGCUGCCGUUCUGGACAAAGAGCUGGGGCAGACACAGAAAGAGCUAGCCAGACUACAGGAACAAAACAGCCUUUUACAAGAGCAGCUACAAGAUGCGCGUGGCCGAGAGCAGAGUGCACGCGAGGGCUACGUGCUACAGACCACCACACCUGGCAAGCCUUCCUCCGGGUUGCCGUCAUCAUCAUCAUCAGCUUCCUCGUCGUCCACUCAUCAGACACAAUGGCAAAGACUCAGCAGAUUGAAUCAGGAUCUCAAAUCGGAGCUUGCCUCCCAGCAGCGCAAACACGACCUGGCCAGUCAGCAGGUCCACAGUUUAAGGCGGAGCUACAGCGAAGCGCAGGACAUCAUUUGUCGACACGAGGCAGAGAUCGAAGCCCUUCAGGUGAAGCUGAACGCAGCCAUGGCUGAGAUCGUGGAGAGUGAGCAGGCUGUGGCUCGCAUGCGGAGUGAGCUGAAGAUGGAGCAGAGCCGAUGUAUCGAGCGCGAGGAGGAGUGGAACCGUAGCGAAGCCACGUUACGCGCUCAACUCCGGGAUAGCGAGGACCGCCUGCGAGAUGUGGAGGCUAGCUUACUGGAAAAGAAUCAGGCUCUGCGGCAGUUAGAGCGGCAGCAGGCGCUGCACAGGGACCAGCAAAGGGAAACGCAGCGACUACAGGAGCGCCUUACGGAAGUCACAGGCCGGCUCAUCGCGAUGGAGGAAGCACAGGCUCUAAGAGAACAGCGGGAACUGAAGGAAAAGCGCUCCCUGGUGGACAAAUAUGAACGGGAGCGACAGGCCCUUACCCGCCGGCUAGCUGAGUCGGAAGAGAGUAGGCGUGAAGUGGAGGAUCAGCUGCAGGAAACACGGCAGCAGAUGGAGGCAUUGCUUAGGGGAGGAGGGCCAUUGGGCACAGAGGUCAGGGAGGAGGUGCAGCGGCUACAGGAGGAGCUGUCUGCUCAGUCAGAUGUGGCAGACACACUCAGGGAGAAUGUCAGGAGGCUAGAGGAGGAGCGGGACCGCCUCACCUGCCGCUGUCAGGAGCUGCUUAACCAGAUCACGGAGGCAGACAGGGAGGUGGGAAAACUCCAGGCCCGCCUAAGAAAGGAGGAGACAGAGUACUACUCCCUGGAGAGCUCUUACGAAAGGGUUUCAGAGGAGUUUGCAAAAAUCAGCCGCGUGUUACUAGAGAAGGAGGAGGAGGUACAGCAGACUAAGGAGACUUAUGAGCGGCUGGUGCAGCAGAAGGAGCAAGAUCUGAAGGAGGCUCUGAUCAAAAUUGGUGCCCUUGGGAGCAGCCUAGAGGAAACGGAACUCCUCUUGCAAGAAAAGGAGGAACUUCUCUCUCAAAUGGGGCAGGGUCACACAGAGGAGUCAGAGCCACGUAAGGCCGAGCAGGACCUCCAGGCUAAACUGGUGGUGGCGGAGGAUCGGAUUGCUGAGCUGGAAGAGCAUCUGAACGCCUUGAGGUUGGGAUAUGCGGACUUGAGAAUGGAGCAAUCCAGAUCUCAGGACGAUGUGCUUGAUGGUGCGCAGGGGAAGGGAACAGAAAACAAAGAGCCCUUUUGUCCCACCUCAGGGGUAACACUUGCUAGAAGGAGCUCAGAAACAGAGGGAACUCUUGCCAAAAGGCAGAGAAUUCGCUUCUCCAGCAUCCAGUGCCAAAAAUACAUCCAUUCAGAGGGAGCAGAGAGAAUGCAGGUGGACAGAGCAUCCUUGGAUGCUACUGAAAAUAUCAGUCAAGAUCUUACCCAAGACAGCAGCCAAGAUCUGACGCAAGAUCUCAGCAUAGUGAGUGACAGCUCUUUCCAGGACUACAGUGACCCAGAGAAGUUCAUGUGUAUCAUCCACACACUGGAGUCCAAGCUGCUUGCUGCAGAAGAGAAACUAAGAGAUGCCACGCAGAAGACGCUGGAUCAGCAGCAUCAAUUAGAACUAAGGGAACAGUCUGGAGACAGGGUUCAGGAGGGUCUGCCCGGGGGACAAGACAGGCCUGAUGGGAUCCUCCCGUCAGAUCCUGAUAAGAGUCACCAGAAUCGAGAGUAUGAGGAAGCAUUGGUGUUGGUUGAGAGAUGCAGAGAAAAGGUUAGGGAAGUUAUGAGAGGCUGGGGUGAUGACGGUAGGGCAGAAUCACAUGUGCAAGCUCUAGCAGAGAUAGAGAAAGACCUUUUCAGUGUCACAGUUCGUAUGAGGCAGGUUAGCAGGAUCUGGAACUCCCAAGAGAGCCCAGAGGUCAAAGGAGCAGAGGCCCAGUCAGAAGAGGACACCGUAAAGCUAUUCGCCAGAAGGUUAGAGUUAGAGGCACUGGUUUUAGAGAAGAUGGCAUUGUCUCUGCAAAACCUGAACUCUGACUUCAUGCGUAUCCUCAGUGAGAUCCAUCAGGAUGCAGAAAACAUGAAGAGAAGCCAUCAGUGCCUGGCAGUAGCUUACACUGACAUCAUGACAAGGAAACUUGCGUUGGACAGUACGUUUUGUUCUGAGGUAGAGGAGCUUAAGUCACAGAAUACAGGUUUAAGUGACGUGUUGUCAGUAGGUGACAGUGUAUUGGGUCAGAACCUCAUCCGUAGUUCUUGUAUGAAAGCAGAACUGGUGUACACUCUUCAGAACCUGAGAUGUAUCUAUCAGGACAAGUUUGAAGUCUUUCAGAAGGAGUUAACAGAGGUAGGUGAAUCUUUACAGCAGAAAAAUGCAGCUCUCAAAGAAGCUUCUGUUAAAACCUCAGAUCUGUGUGAGUCACAGAGGGGUUCCCAGGGAGUGAGUAGUGAGCUUGGUGUUGGCGACGAGGGAAGUCUCGCUGAUGUCAGCCCCCCUGAGCUUGCUCCGUACCUGGAACAGAUAGAGAUGGAAGAGGCCCAGGACUUAGCUGAGGAAAUCAUCAGUAGACACCUAGCGAGAGACACAUUGUCCUGUGAUGUGGAAUCCGGUAGGUCUUUUGAAGAUGGACGAGAGAGGCUGGUUGCUGAGCUAAAGAAACAGGCAGCUGUUCUCCACGACCUCUCUCGAGAAAUUAAAAGCACAUGCGAGGAAGGUAGCCGAAGUGCCCAUGCUAGAUUAGUAGAAAUUAUCCGAGCAAGAAUAGGACACAGAUUUCCAGACGAUGGCAGCUCUCUCUGUGUCCACGAGGUCCUGAUCCAAGCCCAAGUGGCUUACAUGGCCUGCAGGAUCAGAGUGGACCACCAGAGGGAGCUCACACUCUGCCAACAGACCAGCCGUGACAUGGCCGCCCUAGUUGAAGAACAUGCACAAAACGUGGCCACCAUCCAUCAGCACUAUCAGAGUUCCCUGGAAGAGGAGCGCCUCUGCUUUAACCAGAUGAUCACAUCCCUGCAGGGGGAAAACCAGACUCUCCGGGAGGAGGCCUCGAUUCGGCUAGAGGAGCUGCAGGUGCAGCGGCAGCGUCUGGCUCAGCUAGAGGAGGCAUUCUAUAAGGAGAUUCAGGAGUUGAGAAAGAAGCACUCGGAGGAGCUGGGCCGCAUGGAGCAGGAGCACAUCUCCAGUGAGUUGGCUCUAAUGGAGCGCAUAGAAAUUAGCCAGAAGAGGCUGGAAGUCUGUCUGCAAGACACGGAGACCACGGAAGCCCUGCACAAAGAGCAGGUCUGCAAACUGGAAGAGGAAUUCUGUGAAAAAAUACAACAACUGGAAACAGUUCAUGAGGAGCAAAUUCUGAGGCUUCAUGAGCAGUACAAACGAACCAUCCAAUCCCUGGAGGAGAGGAGACGAUGUGAGGAGGACAAAAGUGUAGAGGAGUCCCACGCCUCCUUCUCAGAGGAGACCAGUAUUCCAGCAGAGGACUUAUGUCGAAUGGAGGAAGGGGAGGGGCCUGUGCAGGAUGUAGACCCCAUGUCCCUGCUGAGGGGUCGUAUCCUGGAACUAGAGUCACAGAUGAGCACCAUGCGAGAUGAGCUGGAGAACAAACCGCCCGAGGGAGACGUCGCCAGUCUCCGAGAGAAGUACCAGCGAGACUUGGACAGUCUCAAGGCCACGUGUGAGCGCGGUUUCGCAGCGAUGGAGGAGACCCAUCAGAAGGUGGUGGAGGAUCUUCAGCGGCAGCAUCAGAGAGAGAUCAGCAAACUGCUUCAGGAGAGGGACCGACUGCUAGAGGAGGAAACCGCUGCCACCAUCGCCGCCAUUGAGGCGAUGAAGAAUGCACACCGGGAAGAGCUGGAGAAAACACAGCGAGCGCAGCUGAGUGGAGUCAGCGCAGACAUUGAUGAACUGCGCACACAAUAUGAGGAGGAACUGCAGUCCAUCCGCCGUGAGCUGGAGGUGCUGUCGGAGCAGUACUCACAGAAGUGCCUGGAGAAUGCUCACCUGGCCCAGGCACUGGAGGCAGAGAGACAGGCCCUGUGUCAGUGUCAGAGAGAGAACCAGGAACUACACGCACACAACCAGGAGUUGAACAACCGUUUGACUGUGGAGAUUAGUCGCAUGCGGUCGUGUUUCAGAGAGACUGCCACCUCACCCCUCACACAGGGCAAAGAUCUCUACGAACUGGAGGUUUUGUUGCGUGUUAAAGAAUCUGAGAUUCAGUACCUCAAACAGGAAAUUCACUCUCUCAAGGACGAGCUACAGUCUGCUCUAAGGGAUAAGAAGUAUGCCACAGACAAAUACAAAGACAUGUACACAGAGCUGAGUCUAGUGAAAGCCAAGGCCGACUGUGACAUCAGCAAACUGAGGGAGAAGCUGCUGGCCGCCAACGAGGCUCUCGGGGAGCGAGGGGCAGAGGAGGGCGCCGUUACUGCCGGUUACGACAUAAUGAAAUCGAAGAGUAAUCCUGACUUUCUGAAAAAGGGGCGAUCCAGACCAAUGAGAGGGGUCAGGUCAAAGAGUCUGAAAGAGGGGCUGACCGUACAGGAGAGGAUGAAGAUAUUUGAAGCAAAGGAUUCCAGAAAGAUCUAGAUGCUGAGCGAUAACAGACUGAUGCAUGUGCACACACACACCUACACACACACGCCUACACACACACAUACUCACAGACACACACACACACAAACUGUCUUCAGCUCUUGGUUGGACUGCAGAAACUCCCCCCUCUCUCUCUCUUUUCAUAGACUCACACGCACACACACACACACACACACACACACACCCACACACACACACACACUCCUCUACUUCUCAUACUCUCUCUGUGGAGCAUUUAGGGUGUUUAUGUAAUGCAGUAUUCACACACAGAGCAGAGGAAGAAUGUGUGCGUUUUGAGUGUGGAAAGUGUAAUGUAACAGAGUGUGUG